CCGGCUAGCAUGGCYGCCGGCUGCUUUCCCGGCCGGCUGGCUGCUGCCCUGGCCGCCUUGUUGCUCUUGUCUUUCGGAAGCUUGGCAGCUAGUCAGCUCGAGGAUCAAGCAGAACAAUUCUUUAGAAGUGGCCAUACAAACAACUGGGCUGUUUUGGUGUGUACAUCCCGAUUCUGGUUUAAUUAUCGACAUGUUGCAAAUACUCUUUCUGUUUACAGAAGUGUCAAGAGGCUAGGUAUUCCUGACAGUCACAUUGUCCUGAUGCUUGCUGAUGAUAUGGCAUGCAAUCCUAGAAAUCCCAAACCAGCUACAGUGUUUAGUCACAAGAAUAUGGAACUAAAUGUGUAUGGAGAUGAUGUGGAAGUGGAUUAUAGAAGCUAUGAGGUAACUGUGGAAAAUUUUUUGCGGGUAUUAACUGGGAGGAUCCCAUCUAGUACUCCUCGGUCAAAACGACUUCUUUCUGAUGAUAGAAGCAAUAUUCUUAUUUAUAUGACAGGACAUGGUGGAAAUGGUUUUUUGAAAUUUCAAGAUUCUGAAGAAAUUACCAACAUAGAACUUGCAGAUGCUUUUGAACAAAUGUGGCAAAAAAGACGGUACAAUGAGCUACUAUUCAUUAUUGAUACUUGUCAAGGAGCAUCCAUGUAUGAACGAUUUUAUUCUCCUAACAUAAUGGCUCUAGCUAGUAGCCAAGUCGGAGAAGAUUCACUCUCACAUCAACCUGAUCCUGCAAUUGGAGUCCAUCUUAUGGAUAGGUAUACAUUUUAUGUUUUGGAAUUUUUGGAAGAAAUUAAUCCAGCUAGUGAAACUAGUAUGUAUGACCUUUUUCAGGUAUGUCCCAAAAGUCUCUGUGUUUCUACUCCUGGACAUCGUACUGAUCUUUUUCAGAGGGAUCCUAAAAAUGUCCUGAUAACUGAUUUUUUUGGGAGUGUACGGAAAGUGGAAAUUACAACAGAAACUAUUAGUUUGCAACACGAUUCAGAAAUCAUGGAAAGCAGCUAUACRGAAGACAGGAUGGAUGAAGAUCUAAUGGAACCUUUGAAAUAUGCUGAACAACUUCCUGUAGCUGAAAUAAUACACCAGAAACCGAAGCUGAAAGACUGGCAUCCUCCUGGGGGUUUUAUUCUGGGAUUAUGGGCACUCAUUAUCAUGGUUUUCUUCAAAACUUACGGAAUCAAGCAUAUGAAAUUCAUUUUUUAAACUGAAGGACAUAUGAAGAAGAACAUAUUGAAAAUUUCAACCUUGGAUACAAAUUUGUUAUUAUGUGUUUUUUAAAAUACAUUACUCUUGUGUAAAUUGGAAAAAAGUAUAAGAAAACUAAAUGUAAAUGAACUAUUGACUUCAUAACUUAAAAAAUAUUUGUAAUGCAAUCGCUUAUUGGCCAUAAAUAUAUUUCAUUUUUUUCACUUUGUGUAUCAUAGAAACAAAUGGGACAAAGAGAUUAGAGUAGAUUGAUUCUUUUUGAAAAUAAUAGUUUCCUGUAAUCUUAUCCUCUUUUCUU